CCCGCCCUCCGCCCGCCCGCGGCCCCGCGGCGCGGGCCCGCCGCAGCGCAGCCGCUCUGAGUGACUCUUGAUGGAAGAACACGGAGUGACCCAGGCAGAGCACAUGGCUACCAUCGAGGCCCACGCCGUGGCCCAGCAGGUGCAGCAGGUGCACGUGGCCACCUACACGGAGCACAGCAUGCUGAGCGCCGACGAGGACUCGCCCUCCUCGCCCGAGGACACCUCCUACGACGACUCCGACAUCCUCAACUCCACGGCUGCCGACGAGGUCACCGCUCACCUGGCGGCUGCAGGCCCUGUGGGGAUGGCAGCAGCUGCUGCAGUGGCAACGGGGAAAAAACGGAAGCGACCUCACGUGUUUGAGUCCAACCCCUCCAUCAGGAAGAGGCAGCAGACACGUUUGCUCAGGAAGCUCCGGGCCACGCUGGAUGAGUACACCACCAGAGUGGGGCAGCAGGCCAUCGUCCUGUGCAUCUCACCCUCCAAACCCAACCCUGUCUUCAAAGUAUUCGGUGCUGCACCCUUGGAGAACGUGGUACGCAAGUACAAGAGCACGAUCCUGGAAGACCUGGAGUCGGCGCUGGCCGAGCACGCUCCGGCCCCUCAGGAGGUCAACUCGGAGCUGCCACCCCUCACCAUCGAUGGCAUCCCCGUCUCUGUGGACAAGAUGACCCAGGCACAGCUGAGAGCCUUCAUCCCCGAGAUGCUGAAGUAUUCCACGGGUCGUGGGAAGCCAGGCUGGGGCAAGGAGAGCUGCAAGCCCAUCUGGUGGCCCGAGGACAUUCCGUGGGCCAACGUCCGCAGCGACGUCCGCACGGAGGAACAGAAGCAGCGGGUGUCCUGGACCCAGGCCCUGCGGACCAUCGUGAAGAACUGCUACAAGCAGCACGGGCGCGAGGACCUGCUCUACGCCUUCGAGGACCAGCAGACCCCGCAGACCACGACCACGCACAGCAUCGCCCACCUGGUGCCCUCCCAGACCGUGGUACAAACCUUCAGCAACCCCGACGGCACCGUGUCCCUCAUCCAGGUUGGCACGGGUGCCACGGUGGCCACGCUGGCCGACGCCUCCGAGCUGCCCACCACGGUCACCGUGGCGCAAGUCAAUUACUCCGCGGUGGCCGACGGAGAGGUGGAGCAGAACUGGGCGACGCUACAGGGCGGGGAGAUGACCAUCCAGACGACGCAGGCCUCCGAGGCCACGCAGGCGGUGGCCUCGCUAGCGGAGGCGGCGGUGGCGGCGUCGCAGGAGAUGCAGCAGGGAGCCACUGUCACCAUGGCACUCAACAGUGAAGCCGCUGCCCACGCCGUAGCCACGCUGGCCGAGGCCACCCUUCAAGGAGGGGGACAGAUUGUCCUGUCUGGGGAAACUGCAGCAGCGGUCGGGGCGCUCACCGGAGUCCAGGAUGCCAAUGGGAAGAUGGAGCCAAAUGAGUCGCUAGCAGCUUGGCAAAGUGCAGUUCAGCAUGUUUGCAUCCAGGAGGACAGGAAGGAAAGAGUGAAGCUUUUUGUAGGGUCUCCCUGGUGGGAACAGAAUUUUUUUAUGAAGGUUUACACUGAAACAGGGCUCGUGCAGAUCCCCGUGAGCAUGUACCAGACCGUGGUGACCAGCCUGGCCCAAGGCAACGGCCCCGUGCAGGUGGCGAUGGCGCCGGUGACCACGAGGAUAGCGGACACUGCGGUCACCAUGGACGGGCAGGCGGUGGAGGUGGUGACCUUGGAUCAGUGACGGCACAGCGGCAUCGUGGCCAUUCUCCUCCACUUCAUUUUUUUUUUUUUACGCCUCUCCAGAGAUGCAAUCAGGUGGCAUUUGAGUCUCCCAGCUUUGGAAACGAAAGGUUUUGUUGACCUUUUUUUUUUCCUUUUUUUUUUUUUUUUUUUUUUUUCUCUUUGUUGUUUUUUUUUUUUUUUAAAUCGACAAAAAAUAGAAAAAAAAAAAAAAAACACAAAAAAACCAAACAAAUCCUGGCAGAGGAUGUGUGUAAAGUGCAUUUUUCUAGUGCCACUCUGCUCUCGGAGGAACGAGAAGCCAAAUUGUGACGGGACUUUGAUUCUGAGGAGGUUGAAAAGAAAAUAAAAAUAAAGCGACCCUUUAUGCCCCGUUUUCCCCCAUGUGGGAUCAAGCAGGAGGAGGCUGGGGGCCAGCACGGACACCCUCAGCCAGCACCAACCUCGACAGCAAAUUAGGUAUCAAAGAUUUUAAUAUGGACUUUUAUAUUCCAAAAAACCCGCCCCGGAAAAACAAACAAACAAAAAAAACCCAACAAAAAAAACAACAAACCACAAAAGGAAAAAAAAAAAAAAAAAAAAAAAAAAA